AUGGUUUCGACAACGUGUCCGAUCCAAUCGACUGGGCGAUGCUCCUUAAGGAGGAUUUCCAGCUCAUCCACUCUGGAUGACGACGAGCUCGCACUUUGCAUUGCCCUCGUUCGGUCGCAAAUGGAUAGGGGCAACAACUCGAGCUCUACGGCCUCCCCGGGUGGCCCGGAGGGGCAGCUGUUCGCGCCCUCCCCGGUUAGGCAGCGGGGCGACCGGUGCUGCCUGACACCUCUAGGCCCUGCUCCUCCCUGGCAGCGUUGGGUGCUCGUGCCCGCAUCGCCGAGCCGCGCCCGCGGUUGCCAGCCUCCUGCCGGUUGUGAUGAAAAGCUGCAUCUGUUAAGGGACACAAGUUCUGCUACCGAGUUCGACAUGGGUUCAGGAAACCUGAUGGUGAAGAAGGUGGUGAGGCCCAACUCUUUUGACCUUGACAUACAUCUUGACAAAAGCUGGAAGGAGGAUGUGACCUGCCCAAUCUGCCUAGAUUACCCCCACAACGCAGUCCUCCUGAGGUGCACGUCUUACGAGAAGGGUUGCAGGCCGUUUGUGUGCGACACCGACCAGACCCGCUCAAACUGUCUUGAGAGGUUCAAAGGUGCUUAUGAGCUACCUGCCAAUGUCAAGGUCUCGUCUAUAGCUGUGGCCCCUCUUGAUAGCAUCCACAUCGUGUCAUCUCACGCAAACAACCGCCCAAGUUGCCCAUUGUGCAGAGGUGAUGUUAUCGGGUGGAUUGUGAUCAGCGAGGCUCGUCUGCAUCUUAACCAGAAGAAGAGAUGCUGUGAAGAGGAUUGCUGCUCCUUUACUGGCAACUUCAAUGAGCUUCAGAAGCACACACAGCAAAAGCAUCCAGAUUCACGCCCUUCAGAAAUCGACCCUGCCAGGCAAGUUGAUUGGGACAACUUCCAGCAAUCUUCUGAUAUCGUGGAUGUCUUGAGCACGAUACAUGCACAAGUUCCUAAUGGUAUCGUUCUCGGAGACUAUGUCAUUGAGUAUGGGGAUGAUGAUACUGGAGACGACUAUGAAGUGCUCCACAGGGUUAGGAGGAAGUGGUGGUCUUUUAUUUGUUGCAAGGCAUUUUGUAGAUAUCCAAGAAGCCGAAGAAGAGGGAGAGGAAGGGACAGUAGAGGAAGUGGAAGGAGGAACAGCAAUCAGGCUCAUCUGGAGAACUUCAAUCUCGAGGUUCCGACACAAGCUGUUGACCUGAGGGAACUCAGAUUUGAUGAAAUCGAUGAUGAGUACAUUGUCACAGGGGCCGUACCUAGUAUGGCAACACCAGGAAGAAUGGCCAGUUUCCAUUACAGGGAUACAAGAUAUGGUCGGUGA